CCACCACACCAAGGUGGAUGCACAUUUUGAGAGCACAGGACUUUGAAAAAACUAAAUUAAUCGUCACUUCACACUAUUUACGAAGAAAUUGGUGCAUAAAUUUUAAAUUUCGUUCACAUGCGUUCAGUUAAGUGUGACGCAGUUCCCCAUCGAAAUAAAAAGAAAUUAGAAAAAGAAAAAAAAUACAGCCACUUGUCAAGGACUUGGAGAACUACAAAAGGGGUCGAAUACUAUUUAUCAAAUUUUCCUUAAUUGACUCAAUAAAAAACGAACAUUUCCGCUAAAUUCAAAUUUUGACGUAGAAAAAAAUACGCGGGUACCAAAUGAAUUAAAGACGUUUCAAGUGUAUCAAUUCCAAAAUACAUUCCACUUUAAAAAAAAUUCAAAUUAAUUUUUGAACUUGAACCACUGUGUGAUAAUUUAUAGUGUGAAACCGAGCAUAUUGUGAACAAAAAAUUAUGUGCAUUUCGAUCAUCAAUAUAAAGCGAAUCUGUUGAAUUAAUUAUAGUGAAUAAAAAGAAACAUAUCUGAACAUAAUAUGUGUGAUUAUUGAAACACAAUGACAUUACGAUUGUGAUUUGUUUGUGUGGGUGCAUUUAUGAUAAAUUGUGUUGCCACACUUAGUAAAUAAUUUGUAUAACAUUUGUUUGUCAGAGUGAAAUUGAUUUUGAAUAUUGUUAUCUUUCGGAGCCAAGCUCAUUAAAUACGCAAUCAAAAUGAUAAUAUGCAUAUCUGGAUUCAUAAUUGGGGGAAGUUUUCCGCAGAAAGUCGCCGAUCGGCCAUCACCUGCAUAUGUUUAUAUGCAGCAACAGCAACAUUAUAUACCGCCACCACAACAGGUGAUGUAUCAGCAAAUGUGCCACCAGGUGCACAGUGGCAAUGGACAUCAGGCAUCUGUUCAUACGCUCAACAAAAAGGGUUCCAUACGAAAUGGUGACGUACUCAAACGGACACGAACACAAAAUGGGUAUGAAUUAUCGCAAGAUUUAUUAGAUAAGCAAAUCGAAUUGCUGGAACGAAAAUAUGGAGGAAUUCGUGCUCGCCAUGCUGCCAUCACAAUUCAAAGAGCGUUUCGACACUAUACAAUGGUCAAAAAGUUUGCAUCGAUCACAGCAAUGGCUAAAGCCGAAAAGCGUUUGAGCCGACGCUUGCCAUUGUCCACACAACAAACGCAGCCACAACAACAACCGAUACACAGCUCACCAUUGGCCGAGGAUGUGCUUAGUUCAUCGUAUGUGUCAAAUGUGAAUGUAAGCGCUGGAUCUGAGUCAGAUGUUAGUAUUGGUAGCGGUAGCCAAAAUCGUAGUGCAUGUGGUGGAAUGGUAACACCAUCCAGUUCACGUGUCGCACCAAUUCGAUCGAUGUCGUUGCGUGAACGGCGCAGCAUGGAUGCAUCAUGGUCGGAAAAUGCCAAUCAAGUUGCAGAGAAUACAAGUCACGUCAGUGGAAAAUAUCGCAUUCACGGACGCAGUACAUCCGGUAAUGAAUCGAAUAGCCCAGUAUCGAAUGCGACCGCAUGGACCAAAACCAAUCAACAUUCACAUCCACAUGUGAAUUUAUUGCAUGCAUCUGAACAACAUUAUCACAGUUCGCCAAUUCAACAAAGUCCCUAUCAGCAAAUGCAACACACUCAUCAAUAUCAACAGCAUUCGAAUUCAUAUUGUCAACAAGAUAUCAGCUUGAAUUCCAGCUCACAAAUUGACUCAUCACACUCAUCGAUGAAUUCAUCGUGGAGUUCACAAAACCAAAGUCCAAUGCAGCCAUAUUAUUCAGCCCAACAGAUUUAUAUGCGGCCACGUACCAGUACAGCACAUAUGAUUCAACAACAAAAUAGCAAACGUGUGCCACCUGAAGUGCCGAAACGAACCUCAUCCAUUACAUUGCAACAGCGUGGUUAUGAUCCAACCGGACGUGCAAUUCGGCCAAAUGGAUUGUGCAAAACAGCUGAAAAUGGUAGUCUUAGUUCAGUUCAGUCAUCUGGAAGUGAUAGCAGUGCCGAUCGCAUGCAUUGUGACGUUGGCUCAGAUCGUUCAACAUCACCGCAAUGGAAGCGAAAAGUUCAAUCUCCAGACCAUAUAAGUUCUGGUUGUGCAUCAGCCGAUGCUGAGUAUUUAAAUUCACACACCAGCGCCGCUCAAUAUUCAAUGGAACAGCAUGAGCCGUUAGUCCCCACCACAAGCUACAAAGUAUCCGAAACAAUUCGUAAACGUCAAUAUCGUGUCGGUUUGAAUUUGUUUAAUAAAAAACCAGAAAAGGGUAUCACCUAUUUGAUACGUCGCGGUUUCUUAGAGAAUACACCACAAGGUGUUGCACGCUUUUUGAUAUCGCGCAAAGGCUUAUCGCGACAGAUGAUUGGUGAAUAUUUGGGCAAUUUACAGAAUCAAUUCAAUAUGGCCGUCUUAGAAUGUUUUGCUGGUGAGCUGGACCUUUCUGGCAUGCAAGUCGAUGUGGCGCUACGAAAAUUUCAAGCCUAUUUCCGGAUGCCGGGUGAGGCACAAAAAAUUGAACGUUUAAUGGAAAUAUUUUCGCAACGUUAUUGCCAAUGCAAUUCAGAUGUAAUUGCACGACUUCGAUCUUCGGACACCAUAUUCGUAAUGGCAUUCGCCAUCAUAAUGUUGAAUACCGAUUUGCAUACGCCGAAUUUGAAGCCAGAGCGACGAAUGCGUGUCGAAGAUUUUAUAAAGAAUUUGCGUGGCAUUGACGAUUGUCAUGAUAUCGAUCGUGACAUGUUGGUUGGAAUUUAUGAACGUGUUAAAGCCAAUGAAUUCAAACCGGGCUCCGAUCAUAUGACACAAGUGAUGAAGGUGCAAGCUACCAUUGUGGGUAAAAAACCGAAUUUGGCAUUGCCACACAGGCGUUUGGUGUGCUAUUGCCGGCUUUAUGAAAUACCCGAUAUCAAUAAAAAAGAACGUCCCGGCGUUCAUCAACGCGAAGUAUUUCUAUUCAACGAUUUAUUAGUUAUCACGAAAAUUUUCAAUAAGAAAAAGAAUUCAGCAACAUACACAUUUCGAGUUAGUUUCCCAUUGUGUGGCAUGGUCGUUACACUUUUAGAUGUACCAAAUUAUCCAUAUUGUAUCCGAUUGUCACAAAAAGUCGAUGGUAAAAUUUUAGUCACGUUUAAUGCACGUAAUGAACAUGAUCGUUGCAAAUUUGCCGAAGAUUUGCGCGAAUCGAUCAGCGAAAUGGAUGAAAUGGAAUCGUUGCGUAUUGAAGCUGAAUUGGAACGUCAAAAAUCGGCUCGCAGUUCACGUAAUGGCGGCAGUGCCAGUUCGGAGAAUCGUGAUUCAGGUGUUGCAGACGUCGAAGUUUGUCCAUGUCCAUAUCAAUCGCCACAAAAUGAAACGCACACAGAGGCUCACUUGAAACGAAGUGCAUUAAGUAACUCAUUAUUGGAUAUGCACGAGCAAUUCGUCUACCGAUUUUCUAGAAAAAUGCCUGGUGUUAUUUACUGAAUAUGUGAUAAUAAAGCGAUUUAGCUCAAAACGAUAGAAAUUAAAAGAACGACAAACCAAAAAUCACACACACACACACUCUCAAAAAGAAAUAAUUAUGAAAUUAGUCAAAUUGUUCAUCAUUUUCGUGCCGAUGGAUGCAUGUCUCGUUAGAUAUCGGCGCACCGUAGAUUAGUUGUAUUCCUUUUUAACGCUCAUCGACUGAAAUGUGAUGCCAAACAAACAAAAAAUUAUAUACACAUAGAUACCUGUUGUGUCAAGAGAAUGGAGCUGCGCUAACGAAAGGGUGCAAUGAACAUAAAUAUUUAAGCAAAUGAAAUCAAUCAAUUUAUCUAAGUCACACAAAACUGCGGCCCAAGCAAGUAAAUAUGAU